GGUUCUUCAAUUAGUCUGAGUCUCGUUUGAGUUGUGGUUUCUACACGAACACAGAGAAAGAAGGAAAUGGCAGAAAUUGCUCCAGCUCCCGCCGCCGCUCCGGCCAAAGCAGCCAAGAAGAAGAGCGCCAAGCCGAAGAAGGCUGGUCCCAGCGUAGGUGAGCUGAUCGUGAAAACUGUGGCCGCGUCCAAGGAGCGCAGCGGUGUGUCUGCUGCUGCCCUCAAGAAGGCUCUGGCUGCUGGAGGAUACGAUGUGGACAAGAACAAAGCCCGCGUCAAGACCGCCAUCAAGAGCCUGGUGUCCAAAGGCACUCUGGUCCAGACUAAGGGAGUCGGUGCCUCCGGGUCGUUCAAGAUGAGCAAAAAGGUGGAGACUAAAGCCAAGAAGCCCGCAAAGAAAGCCGUGGCUCCCAAAGCUAAGAAGCCCGCAGCCAAGAAACCCGCAGCGGCCAAGAAGCCCAAGAAAGCUGCAGCAGCAGCAGCCAAGAAGCCCGCAGCUGCUAAGAAGUCCCCCAAGAAGGUCAAGAAGCCCGCAGCGGCCAAGAAGCCAGCCAAGAGCCCCAAGAAAGCCACCAAGAGCCCCAAGAAGGUGGUCAAAAAGGCUCCUGCAGCCAAGAAGGCACCAGCUAAGAAGGCAGCCAAACCCAAAGCCAAGAAGGCAGCUCCCAAGAAGAAGUGAACUCCUCACUUCACAUCACAGCUCCACAAAGGCUCUUUUAAGAGCCACCAUAUCAUCUAAAGAGCGUUUUCUGUAUUAACAGAUUUAUUUUUUUACAUUUUGAAAAUGUAUUUCAAUUUUUGCAAUAUUGUCUUCGGAUUUAACAGAUUUACUUUUAGCCAUCAAGGUCAACUAUCAACUGUCUAAAUUAUUUUACACUUGGAAACUGGUCUUUAGCUGCUUAUGUUGAACAUACAAUUCAAUUCAUGGAUGAUUUGCACAUUUUAAUUCAUUGCAAGGAAAAAAAAUGCUUAAAUUAAAAAUAAAUUUAACAUGGGCACAAAUAAUUAUUACCCAUCAAUCUCAAGUAGGUCAGAUUAUAUACAUUUCCUAAUGCUAACUUUUCAAAUAAUUAAGAGUCGUUGAAACAUUAAACAUACCUGUGAUCACGCAGACCUCAAAUUUUAAGGUGAAACUUCUGUAAAAAAAGAAUUAAAAACGUAUAUAAUAUAUUAUUAGCCUAGUGAACUAGACCAAAUUCUUGCUAUGCAAAGGGCUUGCCAGGCUAAUAUAUUAUAACUCCGGUUCGUUUCAAACAUUGACUUUAACGAAAUAAACAUUGUUGCACUAGUAACAUUCUAGCAAUUAAAUGUUUCUACUUAAUCUAAAA